AUGGGCUUCGGGCUGCACGCCGGCUGCCCCGAGGGCCACGCCGCGCUGAUGCAGCUGCAGGAGGCCGAGCUGCGCCUGCUGGAGGGCCUGCGGAAGUGGAUGGGCCAGCGGGCGAGGAGCGACCGGGAGUACGCGGCGCUGCUGCACCAGAUGCACUGCCUGGCCGGCCGGCAGGAGGGCGGCUGCCCCGGCGGCCAGGUCAGCCAGUGCUGGUGGUCCCUGGUGAACCAGACAGAGGCCCUGAGCCAGAUCCUGCAGCGCCAUGCGGACGCCCUGCUCUCCGGGCCCCUGACUAAGCUGGGUCAGCUCAUCCGCGACAAGCAGCUGCUGUGCCGGAGCUACAGUGAGCAGUGGCAGCAGAUGAGCCAGGACUUCCUCCGGACCACCCAGCAGGAGCCUGAGCGGCUGAAAACCCAGUACCGCACCCAGGUCCGCGAAAUCAUCCAGGCCCGGCGCAAGUACCAGGAGGCAAGCAAAGAGAAGGAGCGUGAGAAGGCCAAAGACCGGUACGUCCGCAGCCUGUGGAAGCUCUACUCCUUGCACAACCAGUACGUGCUGGCCCUGGAGGCUGCAGAGGUGCAGCACACUGCCCACUUCCAGCGGACGCUGCCAGGGGUGCUCCAGGCCUUGCACAGCCUGCAGGAGGAGAUGGCCCACAUCACAAAGGAGACCCUGCAGGAGUACGCCGGCAUCACCAGCCUGGUGCAGGAGGAGAUGGUGGUGGUGCACCAGGCGAUGCGGAGGGCCAUCGAGCGCCUCCAGCCGGCCGCCGAGUACCAGGGGUUCGUCCCCCAGUGCAGGUGUGUGAGCGAGCCCCCCGCCGUGGCCGCUUUCGACCGGACGCUGCUGGAGGACAUGGAGGCAGAGGGCGUGCGGGCGGGCGAGCUGCAGCUGAACGAGCUCACGGUGGAGAGCAUGCAGCACAAGCUGACCACACUGAAGGAGGAGCUGACUAGCGCCACGGAGAGCGCCAGGGGCCACCAGGAGCGUGUCCAGAUGCUGAGGGCUGAAAUCCAGGCUGCCACGGAGGCCGAAAUGCCCGCAGAGCGCAUCUCGCUCCUGGGAAAGCGCCUGGCCCUCCGAGAGGCCCUGCACCUCUCGCAGCUGGCCCAGGGCACGCAGGAGAAGCUCGGGGCACAGAGGGAUCUGCUGCAGCGUGAGCUGGAUGAGCUGGGCUCCCGCGACCCGCCCGCCGUGCCAGCCCUGCAGGAGGACGGUGGCGCCUUGCCUCCCGCGGGCCAGCAGCCGCCACAGCUCCAGGAUCGUGAAGCGGGGUGGGCACCCGCCCUGGAGGCCUUGAAGCACCACCUGACGGGCAUCUUCCGCCCGCGCCUCUCGCUGCCGCCCCCGGUGCCCCUCCUGCCCGAGGUGCAGAAGCCGCUCAAACAGCAGGCCUGGUUCCACGGCGUGAUCCCACGGGCGGAGGUCCAGCGGCUGCUGCAGAGCCCCGGGGACUUCCUCGUCCGGGAAAGCCAGGGCAAGCGGGAGUGCGUGCUCUCCGUGCUGUGGGCUGGGCAGCCCCGGCACUUCCUUCUGCAGGCUGCAGACAACCUGUACCGGCUGGAGGGGGAGGCCUUCCCCACUGUCCCGCUGCUCAUCGACCAUUUCCUGAAGUCCCAGCAGCCGAUCACGAAGAAGAGCGGCAUCAUCCUGGCCAAGCCCAUCCUCAAGGACGAGUGGGUGCUGGACCACGAGGACCUGCUGCUCGGGGAGCUCAUUGGGCAGGGCAACUUUGGAGAGGUCUUCAGUGGGCGCUUGCGUAGCGACAACACGCCCGUGGCGGUGAAGUCCUGCCGUGAAACUCUCUCACCGGAGCUCAAGGCCAAGUUCCUGCAGGAGGCCAGGAUCCUGAAGCAGUACAGCCACCCCAAUAUCGUCCGGCUCAUCGGAGUCUGCACCCAGAAGCACCCUAUCUACAUCGUCAUGGAGCUGGUCCAGGGGGGCGACUUCCUGUCCUUCCUGCGAAGCGAGGGAGCUCGGCUCACUGCCAAGGGGCUCCUGCGGAUGAUGGAGAACGCCGCGGCAGGGAUGGAGUAUCUGGCAAGCAAGCACUGCAUCCACCGGGACCUGGCGGCCCGGAACUGCCUCGUGACAGAGAAGAACGUCCUGAAGAUCAGCGAUUUCGGGAUGUCACGGGAACAGAAGGAUGGCAUUUAUUCAUCCACCGGAGGCAUGAAGCAAAUCCCUGUGAAGUGGACAGCUCCAGAGGCCCUCAGCUAUGGUCGGUAUUCCUCGGAAAGCGACGUCUGGAGCUUUGGGGUCCUGAUCUGGGAAGCCUUCAGCCUGGGUGCCACACCGUACCCCAGCAUGAGCAACCAGCAGACCCGGGAGGCUGUGGAGAGGGGGAUGCGGCUGAGUGCCCCGGACCGGUGCCCGGCGGAGGUGUACCGGCUCAUGUUGAGCUGCUGGGAGUACGAGCCACAGAACCGACCGAGCUUCAGCAUCAUACGCCAAGAGCUGGUUGCGAUCCAGAAGAGGCCGGGGUGAGAACACUCCGCGCGCAGGGCUGCUGGCUGGCCGAGGGCAGCUUCCUUGACGCCGGCUGGAGCCACCCACCCGCCUGGCGGCACCAGCAAAACCUGCUUUUGCCUUGGCUUUUGGCGUGGACGCCUGGUGACGUGGC